GGAGGGGUGCUGAACUCGCGUGAAUUCACGCUUACGCUAUGAAUCUCGCCUCCCUCCAACACUUCCUGCCCCGGUCUAGGGUCGGUGGACUCGUCCUAAGGCUGGGUUCGAGGCCGUUAGGGCUGAGGGAGGCGCCCUACCGGCCUCACUUCCAGGCUCCAGCCAAUAGGAGCCGAAACUGCUCAGCCAGUCAGUGCCCUGCGCUCUUUCCGGCGUUCUGCGUGCUGCCCUGGAGACGGGGUGGACGAAUCCAAACGCGGAGGGGCGCUAGACUUGCACGGCCUUCCGCUUCUUCUGCGCGUCCCGCGUGACUCCAUUGCUUCGCCCCUGGCCUUUGGCCAGUGGACCCGUCCUGAGGGUGGGGGCCGAGGCGCGCGCACUGGCGGGCGCCGUCCAGUGGAUCUGCUGCUUCUCCAUCGAGCGACCAGGAGCUAGAGAUGCUAUUAGGCUGUCAUUUUAUGGAGUGUGAGAAGUCGGGCCAGAGAUGGAAAACUUCAUUCUGUAUGAGGAGAUUGGCAGAGGAAGCAAGACCGUUGUCUAUAAAGGGCGACGGAAGGGGACAAUCAAUUUUGUAGCUAUUCUUUGUACUGAUAAGUGCAAAAGGCCUGAAAUAACCAACUGGGUACGUCUCACCCAUGAAAUUAAACACAAGAAUAUUGUAACUUUUCAUGAGUGGUACGAAACCAGCAAUCAUCUCUGGCUAGUAGUUGAACUCUGCACAGGUGGUUCCUUAGAAAUGGUUAUUGCUCAAGAUGAAAACCUCCCGGAAGAUGUUGUGAGAGAAUUUGGGAUUGACCUGCUUACUGGAUUACAUCAUCUUCAUGAACUUGGCAUUCUCUUUUGUGACAUUUCUCCUGGGAAGAUACUCUUGGAAGGGCCUGGCACAUUGAAGUUUAGUAAUUUUUGCCUGGCAAAAGUGGAAGGUGAAAAUUUGGAAGAAUUCUUUGCUUUGGUGGCAGCAGAAGAAGGAGGAGGUGAUAGUGGGGAAAAUGUAAUGAAGAAAAACAUGAAAAGUAGAGUCAAAGGAUCUCUUAUAUAUACAGCACCAGAAAUUGUGAGGGGUACUGACUUCUCCGUCUCCAGUGACCUCUGGUCUUUGGGCUGUCUGCUCUAUGAAAUGUUUUCAGGAAAACCUCCAUUCUUCUCAGAAAGUUAUUCAGAAUUAAUUGAAAAGAUUUUUUAUGAAGAUCCUUUGCCACCUAUUCCAAAAGAUUCUUCUCUUCCUAAAGCUUCUUCAGAUUUUAUUAAUUUGCUUGAUGGUUUACUUCAAAAAGAUCCUCAGAAAAGGUUAACUUGGGCAGGCCUACUACAGCAUUCAUUUUGGAAGGAUGCUUUCACUAGAAAAGAUCAGGACUCAAGCACUGAGGAUUCCAACGUCAGCAGAAACAUGAUGGAGUGUUCUGGUACACAAGAUUCCAAGGAGCUUUUGAAGAGCCCUCAGAGUGGACAAGCAAAAGGGGGGAAGAGUGGUCAGCGACUAAGUCACUCUUUCAGACUGGAAAAUCCAACGGAGUUGCGGCCUAAGAGUACUCUUGGGGGUCAGCCGAGUGAGUCCAUGUUUCUUCUCAGUUCUCGUCCUACUCCAAGAACUAGCACUGCAGUGGAAUUAAGUCCUGGUGAAGAUAUGACUCAGAAUUCACCACAGAAGACCUCUCCUUUGACCGAGAUUACAAGUGGACACCUGAGUCAGCAGGACGUGGAAUCCCAGAUGAGAGAGCUUAUCUACAUGGACUCAGAUCUUGUUGUCACCCCAAUUAUUGACAAUCCGAAGAUAAUGAAACAACCACCAAUUAAAUUUGAUCCAAAAAUACUGCAUCUGCCAGUACAUUCAGUGGAUAAAUUAAUAUUUCUCAAAGACCAAGACUGGAAUGACUUUUUGCAACAAGUGUGCUCUCAGAUUGACUCCACCGAGAAGAGCACGGGAGCCUCCCGAGCCAAGCUGAACCUCCUUUGCUAUCUGUGUGUGGUGGCUGGUCAUAGGGAGGUGGCCACCAGGCUCCUCCAUUCUCCCCUGUUCCAAUUGCUAAUCCAGCAUUUGCGAAUAGCUCCAAACUGGGAUAUACGGGCCAAGAUUGCUCGGGUGAUUGGUUUACUGGCCUCGCACACAACUGAGCUCCAGGAAAAUACACCUGUUAUUGAGGCAAUUACUCUCUUAACUGAAUUAAUCAGGGAAAACUUCAGGAACAGCAAGUUAAAACAGUGCCUUUUACCAACCCUUGGAGAGCUGAUCUAUCUUGUAGCCACCCAGGAAGAAAAAAAAAAGAACCCUAGAGAAUGCUGGGCUGUUCCCUUGGCUGCGUACACAGUGCUAAUGAGGUGCCUUCGGGAAGGGGAAGAACGUGUUGUGAAUCACAUGGCAGCAAAGAUUAUUGAAAACGUCUGCACUACCUUUUCUGCUCAGGCCCAGGGCUUUAUUACAGGAGAAAUUGGACCUGUUUUAUGGUACCUAUUCAAACAUUCCACUGUUGAUUCUCUUAGGAUAACAGCAAUAUCGGCCUUGUGUAGAAUCACUCGCCAUUCUCCCACUGCCUUCCAGAAUGUUAUUGAGAAGGUGGGACUGAACUCGGUGAUCAACUCCCUGGCCUCUGCCAUCAGCAAAGUUCAGCAGUACAUGUUGACCUUAUUCACCGCCAUGCUGUCCUGUGGGAUUCAUCUGCAGAGACUAAUCCAAGAAAAGGAUUUUGUCUCUACAGUUAUCCGUUUACUUGACAGCCCCUCGACUUCCAUUAGAGCAAAAGCCUUCCUGGUUCUUUUAUAUAUUUUGAUUCAUAACCACGAGAUGCUGCUGCUCAGCUGCCAAGCAAGACUGGUGAUGUACAUCGAGAGAGACAGCAGAAAGACCACUCCAGGCAAGGAGCAGCAAAGCGGCAAUGAGUACCUGUCCAAAUGCCUGGGCCUUCUCAUCCGUCACAUCGCGCAGGAACUGCCACGAGUCCUGGGUGACGUUCUUAAUGCCUUGGCUAAUGUUUCUGGUCGUAAACACCCAUCAACAGUUCAAGCGAAGCAGCUGAAGAUGUGUCUACCCCUGAUGCCUAUAGUGCUUCACCUCGUAACUUCCCAGGUAUUUCGAACUCAAGUUGUAACAGAAGAGUUUCUUUUCAGUUACGGAACUGUUCUUAGUCAUAUUAAAUCGAUAGACUCAGGAGAAACUAACAUAGAUGGAGCCAUAGGACCAAUGGCAUCGGAAGAAUUUAUCAAGAUCACAUUGUCGGCUUUUGAAGCAAUAAUACAGUAUCCUGUUUUAUUGAAAGACUAUUGCUCUACGGUUGUUGAUUAUAUCUUGCCACCCUUGGUCUCCUUGGUUCAAAGCCAAAAUGUGGAGUGGAGACUCUUCAGCUUGCGGUUGCUCUCAGAAACCACAUGUCUACUUGUGAACCAGGAGGUUGGGGAUGACAAGAAGGAAGCAAAUGUCGAUUCUGACAGCAAUCUUCUGGCUCUCAUUAGAGAUGUUUUACUUCCCCAGUAUGAGCACAUUCUCUCGGAGCCUGACCCAGUACCAGCGUAUGCUCUGAAACUGCUAGUUGCCAUGACCGAGCACAACCCAACUUUUACCAGACUUGUGGAAGAAAGCAAACUGAUCCCACUCAUUUUUGAAGUAAUUCUGGAACAUCAGGAGAACAUUCUGGGUAACACCAUGCAAAGUGUGAUUGCAUUGCUCAACAAUCUGGUUGCCUGCAAAGAUUUGAAUAUGAAGCUACUUUAUGAACAAGGACUGGUCCGUCAUGUCUGUAACCUGUUCACCGAAACUGCCACACUGUGCUUGGAUGUGGACAAUAAAAACAACAACGAGACUGCAGCCGCGCUGCUGUUUUCACUGCUUGAUAUUUUGCACGGCAUGCUGACCUACACAUCCAGUAUUGUACGGCUGGCCUUGCAGGCACAGAAGUCUGGCUCAGGAGGGGACACUCAGGCCGCGGAGGACCUGCUGCUGCUCAGCAAACCUCUGACAGACCUCAUUAGCCUGCUCAUUCCGCUGCUUCUUAAUGAGGAUCCUGAAAUUUUUGAGGUUUCAUCCAAGUGUCUGUCUAUACUGGUGCAGCUGUAUGGCGGUGAAAACCCGGACAGCCUGUCUCCUGAAAAUGCAGAGAACUUUGCUGAUUUACUGACAUUCAAGGAGGACCCAAAGGAGCAGAAGCUUCUGUUGAGGAUUCUCAGAAGAAUGAUCACAUCCAAUGAGAAGCACCUGGAGAGCCUCAAGAAUGCGGGCAGCCUCCUGCGGGCUCUGGAGUGCCUGGCCCCGGCUGUUCAUCUGCUGACACUGUGGUGGCUUCCUUGGCCCUGGAAAUCCUCCAAACUGUUGGACACUAGGCAAGAAGGCACUUGGCACAAGCCUGCCCUACGGCACCAACUUUUGACUACAAAGACAAGGUCGGCUCCCAAACACAUUAGCCACAUGGCCACCUACAGCUGCAUUUGGGCAUAAUAAAGUCAGCUGAACCCAGAACCUUCCGGCUGAGCUUCUCUAACUCUGGGCCCUAGAAAACUGACUCAGAAUAGACCUCCUCAGUUCCUAUGGGAUCCAUCCGGGAACUCCAGGUUUGCUAGCUGUUCAGAAUAUCCUUUCCUCUCUGUGUGGGCCGGGUAGGCCUCCUCUAAAGCCUGUGCUGCCUGUGUUAAUCAACUGGAUGAGAAACCGCAGUCCUCAGCCUGCUGGCGCCUGUAAACGUUUGUCUCUCCUCCGAAGAUUUAAAAGGUGGGACUAGGCAUGAAUGCUCUCCCAGCUGCAGCUCCAGAGCAAGCAUUUGGAAGCCGUUUUAGCCUCUUGUCUUCCUCCCACUUUUACCUACCUGGCAUUUCUUCAUUUUCAGGGACAAACUGAUUCCAAGAAUCCUAGGGAAGACUGGGCAAGACUCCACUAACAGGCUCAGGUAGUUAAAAAGUUUGCCUAAAGGAAUGCAAAACGCUCAAGCUACACAAGCUUCCUUGAAGGAAGAUGCCCAUCUAGAUGGGAUGAUGGCAUCAAGGUAGAAUUGUCCCCUCAACUUCUACCAAUUACCCCCUUAUAUCCUUGAAACCUUUCCAGCUUCUUUUUAUGUUCCCUCACACAUAUGUCCUUAGAACCUCCUGUGUAAGAGUCAAGCCCAUGAAAGUAUUUGGUGGACACUGCAGAAAGGCAUAGGGACUGUUGUACUGAGGAAGACUUAUUCUUAAAUCUGGACUGGAAGGUAGGGUGGGUCCUGGGCAGCUUGAACCAGGUAAGCAAGUUUGAGGCCAUUCCCUGGCCUCUCUCGGGCCUCAGUUUCCCCAUCUGCAAAAUGAAAAGGCUAGACCAAUCAAUAGCUGCUCCCCCUCUCUCGGCCCCAGAAGCUCUGUGCUUCUUAGAGAGGGGAUGUGCCCCAUAAUAAACACUGCCCCAAGCCUAGAUGGGAUUUUGUUCCAGGCAGCAGCCGCCGUGCAGGUGGAAUGGAUGGGACAGGCAGAAGUGGUAUCCAUGUGAGCGCACAGGUGGCCCCAUCUACAGCAUCACAGGAAGCUGGUCAUGCUAUCACCAACAGCUCCCACUCUGCCACAGGAAUCUGGGUAGUUUGCGACUUCCACGUGGCUUUAUAAUGAAAACAGCAGCUCUGUGCCCAUCUCCAUCAAAGGCAUGUAUGUCAGUUACCUUAUUUGAUCACAACCUGUAAUGCAGGCCUUCUGAGCUUCAUUUCAUGGAUGAGAAGAUAAGCUCAGAGGAGCCAGUCCACUUGCUCAGUUGAACUUGGGACUCUGACUCCAGAGCCCGUGUGUCUCACAGUGGUGUCCAGAGCUUGAGCUGUAAAUAGUUGGGGUAUAAGAGGGUGUCCUACCCAGGAGCAGGCCGUUUCAUUUGAUCUCUCAUAGCCUAUUUACUGCCCAUGGUGAGGAAGCCCCAUGUUAAGUCCUGCAGGAUGGUGUGCCCAUGACCAGGCUCUGCCCCCAUGUGGCUCUGGCCUGGCUGGAUCUGCCUGUGGUCCUGGGA